AUGUGUAGAAUUUAAAGACCUAGUUAAAAGCGUUGGACGGGUCUCGCAUCUGAUUGGCUGGCCAGUGAAAAGAGGACGCGGAACGUUAGCUCUCGUCUGCAGGAGGCGGAUGCUGUCGCUGCUUCACGUCAACGAUACUAGUUUUUAUAAGGAGCCAACAUGUCGAGCAAAAGGGCCAAGGGCAAGAACACCAAGAAGCGCCCGCAGCGCGCCACCUCCAACGUCUUUGCCAUGUUCGAUCAGUCCCAGAUCCAGGAGUUCAAGGAGGCCUUCAACAUGAUCGACCAAAACCGCGACGGCUUCAUUGACAAAGAGGAUCUUCACGACAUGCUGGCGUCCCUGGGUAAAAACCCCACGGACGAGUACCUGGAGGCCAUGAUGAACGAGGCCCCGGGACCCAUCAACUUCACCAUGUUCCUGACCAUGUUCGGGGAGAAGCUCAACGGCACUGACCCGGAAGACGUGAUCCGCAACGCCUUCGCCUGCUUUGACGAAGAAGGAACCGGUGUGAUCCAGGAAGAGUACCUGCGGGAGCUCCUCACCACCAUGGGCGACCGCUUCACCGACGAGGAUGUGGACGAGCUCUUCCGGGAGGCUCCCAUCGACAAGAAGGGCAACUUCAACUACGUGGCGUUCACUCGCAUCCUGAAGCACGGCGCCAAAGACAAGGACGACUAGACGGCGACGGCGGUGCCCUGGACUCCCCUCCGCCUGCUCAUUUGCACUUUUGUAGUCACGUCACUACGGGUCUGUGGAAGACGGUUUGAAGGCUGAAUCUGGAAUCACUCUGAUCAUGGUUGUGUUGCCGAGGUAUUUAUUCAUUACAAUAAAAUGUUACAACUCAACAGAGA